GAAUGGUAGGCCGCAGCAGCAGCAACAGAACCGCCAGGCGGUCGGGGCUGUCCCGUAAGGUGCGUAGUCUAGAGUGGCCUAAAGUGCCUUGAGCGCGGACAACGGCGGCCGCAAUGGUUCCCCGCAGCUGCAGCGAAACAAGGCAGCCGGGGCUGUCACGCGGCGCAAGGGUGGGCGUGGGGCGCGGGAGUCAGCCGGCGAGCGCCCAGCGCUGCAGCUCGCGGCGCACGGGCGCGGUGGCGGCGAGGUCGACGGGGCGGGCGCCGUUGGCGUCGCGGGCGGUGCGGCUGGCGCCGGCCACCAGCAGCGCGCGCACCAUGUGCACGUCGCCCUCCUCCGCCGCGAUGUGCAGCGGCGUGUUGCGCAUCUGGUCGGCCGCCGUCGCCGACGCGCCGUUGCGCAGCAGCACGCUCAAGCACGCCACGCUGCGCGACGCCGCCGCGAAGUGCGUCGCCGUCAGCCCC